AUAAAUCUUCGUCAGAAUCAAACUGAUUUGGUGAACCCUAAUUUCAUCCUAAUCCAAUAUCCCCAAAAUUAAUAAAAAUUAAGAGCAAAUUUUAAUCACUCUGGUUCAACCCUCAAUUCAUAUAAUAUUCUAUUGCAGACAAAAAUCCAUGGACUUCACCCCAAUCCCUCGUAUUCAACUGGAACCUUCCACUUCCAAACUCCCCAUCAAACGCAAAAUCCCCGAUCCUGCCCCACACCUCAAUGCGAAUCCAUUUAACCCGAAUUCUCCCUGCGGCGGCGACGGGGAUCCACGAUCGCCGCCCUUCAAGUUCCACCGGAUAUGGACCGAGCCGGACGAGAUCAGGUUCUUGCAGGGUCUAUUGGACUGCUCAUCGGAGAAUUUAACCUUCCCACGGGACCUUGGGAUUUUUUAUACGCGAUUCUCCAAUACCAUGUCACAGCCUUACACGAAGUCGCAGCUAUCAGAGAAGCUGCGGAGGCUCCGGAAGAAAUUUCGGGUCAUAUCGACGAGGCUAUCUAAAGGGCUCGACAAAUCGCAGUUGUCGCCACAAGAUCGUAUGCUUUACGAAUUGUCGAAACAGCUAUGGCACCCGGAUUAUGCGGCCACUUCGCCAUUCAGUGGUACGAGGAAUGUUAAUACUCAUAAUAAUCAUAAUAAUAGUAACAAUGAUGAUGGUGAUUAUGGUGGUGUUGGUGGUUGCAGUGACGAGUUGGUGAAAAAGUCGGGUCUCGUUGCGGUUAAAGUAGACUUUUUACCUACAUUUCCGAUCAAUUUGGUGAAAGAAAGUGGUAAGAGUGUUGAAAAUGUGGAAUUGGAUUGUAAUGAGAAUGAAAAUGAAAAUGAAGAAGAUGGAGUUGCGUGUGGAGAUUUUCAUCAUGAUGAUAACAAUGAGAACGAGAAAUUGAGUGAGGUGAAGGUGAACUUUGAAUGGAGUGAGGGAAUGGGAGAUGGACGAAAUGGUACUUUUGACAUGGGGUUCAAGGAGGGAGAACCUGUAGUUGGACAGAACGUUGUUUUGGAAAGUGGGAUCCAUACCGGGUUUGGGGAAGUGGCGGCAAAGGUGGUGUUGAAUGUGUUCAAUGAUUGUUUGAAGGAGGUGAAGAGUGGGCUAAUUGGUCAUGGCAGCGAAAGAGCGAAUGUGGAUCACGACAGUUUUGAAGAACGGUGGCAGAAGCAAAGGAUUGCGGAAUUGGAUGUGUUGGGACACCGAUUGAGGUUGGUUCUUGAGCACUCUAUGCAAUGAGUAAAUAAAAAUUUGUGUAUUGGGAUUGGUAUAGUAGAUAAGAGCCCUAUUUUUGUUCAUCCUAUCUUGCCCUGUUUUUAUGUUAGUUUCUCCAUUUCAAAAUAAUUGUACAUUUUACAAUGCAACACAAUGAGUUAUUAGUUCCAGUUCCGUGCAUUUCGUGUUUUUAGUUUGUCUAAUGUGUUUCUGCAA